UUAUAUUUCUCAUUAAUUUCAUUAAUUCAUCUGUUGCAGGCUCACGUGGUGUCUGCCUUCGAGCAAUCGCUGUCCAACAUGACGCAACGUUUGCAACAAUUGACUGCGACCGCGGAGAAGAAAGACUCGGAGCUUCAAGAGUUACGGGAAACGAUCGAAAGGCUUCGAAAGCAGAGCGCCGAGGCCGGCUUGAACAACGGGCCACCGGCGAACAACGGCCGCCGCCACACCCUCGGCGAUUCCGAUUCGGGGACAACCGGCUGCACUGGGAACAGCAACCACCAGGGUGCCUCGAUGGCGAGACAGUUGUCCGCGGACAGCGUCACCUCGUUGAACUCGCUGAGCAGCGCCUGCUCGGCCAGCAGCCACCACAAGAAGAAAGGCUGGCUUCGCAGCUCGUUCUCCAAGGCUUUCUCGAGAUCGCGGAAGAACAGGCACGGCUCGGUCUCCGACGCGGAGGACUGCAAGGAGACCGCCGGCGGGGACCUGAGCGCGCCGAACAGCCCCAGGCUGCCGAGCGCCUCGAAACACGAUCCAUCUCAGGGCCAGGGCGCCAGAAGCAACGGGCAGAAGUCGCCCGACGUGGAGAACCCACUGACCGGUAGCAAAAGCAGCUCGGCUUUGUACAAAAAGGAGGACGAGGACGUGGUGGAACUGAAGAAACAGCUGAGGGAGAAGGAUCUCGUGUUGACGGACAUCAGGCUCGAAGCUCUGUCUUCGGCGCAUCAGCUGGAAUCGUUGAAGGACACCGUUAUCAAGAUGAGGAACGAGAUGCUCAAUCUGAAGCAGAACAACGAGCGUCUACAGAGACUGGUGACGUCGAAAUCGUUGACGUCGUCUCAGUCGUCGCUGCCCAGCGAUCCGGACAGACGCUUCAGCAUGACGGAGGUAGCGUCCACCGUUGCUGCGCUAUCGAACGGUGACACCAGCACGACGGCGGAUCAGUUGGAGGAUUUGAACGUGCCGGAGCAUCCGGUGGUGCCGUCGGCCGCUUCGGCCACGGGAGAGCCAGUUUUGGAACAGGACACCGACGGCAAAAGGAUCAACGUCGCUAUUUAUCUGGGCAGCGAGAAGAAUUUCAACUACAAUCUCGUUACCGGGAGCACGUCCGACGGCAGCAUCGGUGAACCUCCCCACUGCAUUAUCGCGAACGUUUGCAUCAGCAAUAAAACUACGUGGGAUUCCCUUGACUCCACCGUCAGGCGAUGCUUUAAGGAAUACGUUUCGAGGGUCGAUCCUGUGACGAAUCUGGGCCUCGGUGUCGAAUGCGUUGCUGCCUAUCAUUUCGGAGAGGCUUCUAGAUGCACCACGGAUUCUCAGCAUCCAGAGUUGCUCCCUUGCGGCUACCUGAUCGGCCACGUGAAGACCAUUUAUUUGGUGCUUUCCGGUUACUCGUGGCUCGCCGUGGAUACUCUGAUACCACGUUCCAUCGUGCAGCGACUGAUAUCUUUAUUAACCGAGCAUCGUAGGGUCAUUCUAUGCGGGCCCAGCGGUACAGGCAAGAGUUAUUUAGCUGGGAAAUUAGCUCACGCCCUAGUCGAUGCCGACAACGAUACGAAGGAUGCCACGGCGGUGGCCACCUUCAACGUCGAUCACAAGUCCAGCAAGGAACUCAGGCAGUAUCUCGCACAUAUCGCCGAAAGAUGUGAUUCGAACGCGGCUGACGAGCUACCGAGGGUGAUCAUCCUCGAGAACUUGCAACACGCCGCGUCUUUAGGGGAAUUGUUCAGCGGCCUGCUUGGCACUAGACACUCGUCUUGUCCAGCUAUUAUCGGCACCAUGAGUCAGGCCACUUGUAGCACCACGAAUCUUCAAUUACAUCACAAUUUUAGGUGGGUGCUUUGCGCCAAUCACAUGGAACCAGUCAAGGGAUUCUUGGGACGUUAUCUCAGGCGGAAGCUACUUGAACACGAGCUGCGCGAGUGCGGCGGAACCAGAAACGCAGAAAUGGCAGCAGUUGUCGAAUGGCUCCCCCGGGUAUGGUUACAUCUGAACAAGUUCCUAGAGACCCAUAGCAGUUCUGAUGUGACGAUAGGACCGCGGCUGUUUUUAUCCUGCCCGAUGGAAGUAACGGGUUCUCAAGUGUGGUUUACUGAUUUGUGGAACUACUCUGUGGUACCAUAUCUGGUAGAAGCUGUCAGAGAGGGAUUGACACUUUACGGUAGACGCGUGAGUGGGAAUGGGAACGGGGAUUCCUCCUGGGAAGAUCCGGCUCAAUUCAUCACUUCGAGUUAUCCCUGGAUUUCCACGCACGCGGUGCACGGUGGUAGCGACGCACUUCUUCGUUUACGGCCUGAGGAUGUUGGCUACGAUGUCGUCACGUCGGGACACGCUACCGGAGUCGGUGCAUCUAGCGUGAAAAGCCUUGGUAGCACACACAGCGAUACAGAAGGAGAUCCACUAUUGAAUAUGUUGAUGAGGCUACAGGAAGCAGCCAAUUAUUCGAGUCCUCACAGCAACGACAGUGACUCGGUUACCUCCCUCGACUCGUCGCACACCCGACAGUCCGAAGAUUUAAGUUCGUCGACAUCUUCGUCAAGAGGCGUAGAAUCAGCGCUUUAAUCCAACAAUUUUACUGUCAUUAAUGAACACGAAUAGAACCUCCGAAUAUAAUCGUGCAUCAGGCCAGUUUAUAAUAUUCAGUUUGAGAAAUAACAAUUUAUAUCUAUUUGGACGUAUGAGAGAGUAAAUGCGUACGAAAAUUUGAAAAGAAAAAAAAAAAAAAAGAAAAGAAAGAGAGAAAAGAGAAUCAAAAAUAAAUUUUGACUACAUUUAGGAUAUAAAUGUUCUUUUUCUAACUUUUUACGACGGAAAAUAUCAAACAAAUGUUUAAACGAUUGAACUGUAAGCAAAAAGCUAGGGGUAUUUUCAGCAAUGCGUGAUAUGAUACUCUUUAUAAAAUACGUCCUUCCACUUGCUCUUACACGAGGCGACGAUGUGCAUUAUUAAAAGAAAUUAGAAAUUUUUCAAGAAAAAAAUUUUUGCAAUGCCUACAGCUGGCCUAUAUUUAUUCUAGAUUUUUACGUGCAUCAUGCACUUCGGUGUGAUAAUAUAAUUAAAUAAGAGACGAGCAAACGAUACUUCUGUUCUUUGGAUAUACCGACGUAUAUAAACGCGAUGCAAUAAUUUACGCUGCCGUUACGGAAGUACGAGUCUAUUUUAAAGAGAUUAACAUUUCUAUGAUCAAAUCAAGUACGAUUAAGUGUAGCUUAACGCGGAUCUAAUCGAGAAAUUUGGAUGGAAUAUACAACAGUAUUAUCGUAGGGCGUAAAAAUAAAAGGGCUUCGAACUGAGCCGAGAUUUAGGAUCGGGGAACCGCCAUUCCCCACGUCCAUUACGUACUUUCAGGUAAUAGCUUAUUUUAUUCGGUAUACACAGAUCUCAUGGACGGGCCGCUCAACAGAGUAUUGUUUCGCCUUCAGAAAUACAGCGCAGUUCGAAGUGAGUAUGUACUGAUGGAUGUGCGUGCAAAAAUAGUCUAUUUAUACAUACUUUGCUACGAAAGCUCUAUUUAAUUAAAAAAAAAAAAUGUUAA